CUAAUCAUCUAUUUCCCCCAAUGCAGAGUCUUCCUUCCGAUUUGCCUUCCUCGCCCAAUGGGGGCGCCGUGUCCCCGACCCUCCAGCGCAGGCAGAGCCGCAGGGAGUUGUGGCAAGUUUGGAGGACGGAGGUGCAGGACCAGGUGCGGUCCCUCUGGCUCUACCUGCAGAUGAUGGAGGCCUCCUUCCCUGAGCUGGGUACCGCCCCCCUACAGCAGGGCUAGUGAAAGAGAUGGGAGAACAAUACGGAAUCCCGCCGGAUUCACACUCAGGGCAGCAGGGAACUUUGUCUGCGGAGUCAGAAGGAGCCUCGGGCUGAAGCCACGACACCCGGAUUCUGCGGCCCAGACCCCCCAACACCUUCCUGCUCCAUAUGGACUCACUGGGCAGCAGGGGGCACUAUGGCGCCCCAGAGAGGAUGCUGGGAGAAAGCUGGAUGUAGUGGAACAGGUGCACUGGGAAACUUGGAAGCAGCCGUGUAUGGCGAGGCCUGACCCCCAAGGCGGUUCCUUGCACUAUGGGCAAUUCCGUGAGCAGACCCAGCUGCCUGGGGGAGAAGAGUUGCAAGACUGAGCGUUUCCUGAAGGAAUGUUGUGUGAAGAAGGAAUCAUUGGGGGACACUGAGGGUCCCAGGAACAAUGCCGGGCCCAGCGCAGCGCCCCCCGAGAAGAAGCAAAAUGAACUGGUGAUUGAGAAAGAGUUGAACAUUAGUCCGGCCUCCUGCAAAGGCCCCGGGAACGAGCCCCUUCCCAAGCAGAACAACUCUGAGGCCAAUGUCCAAAACGGGUCCCUCAAAAGCGGGACCCCCAGAUCUACUCCGGAUCACAUGGUCUGGACUCCCCAAAGGGGAACCUUGCAGAGAUCCUCUGGGAGCAGCUGGUCCUGGAAGCCUCUUGCCUCCAGGGAGGUGACGGAGGUCACAGAAGUCACAGAGACAAUUGUCACAGAGAUUGUGGAGGUGACCCAGUACCCGUCAGGAGAGAAGGGUGGAGAACCCAUAAUCACCAGGACGGUGAAAGUGCUCAGUGGGUGUGCCGGAGAGCUGGCCGAGGUCCAAACGAGCCAGGAAGCACAGACAGACUCCCGGUACCAAAUGGGCCAAUGGGACGCCUUCAGCAGAUCCGUAUGUAUCCAAUCACCAUCACUGAAAUGAGAUGUUGGGCCCAUGGGUCAGUUCUGUGCAGGAUCAGUCCGAGAAUGGCCGCCUUUAGGGCUACAGAACCAGGAGCCCCAAAUCUCCCUCCAGCUGGUUCCACAGACUGGGCUCAAAAGUGGCAAUCC